AUGCUGGGCUGGCCGAAGUCUUCUCGCACAGUCGCUACGCUUCUUAGAAUUAUAGUUCUUGUCAGCUUUAGCGCGGCUAUCGAAUUUAGAGACGUAGACUACGCUGUUGGGUGGAUAUGCGCACUUCCGAUCGAGCUAGCUGCCGCGCUAGCAGUUCUGGACGAAGAACACCCGAAACUCCAGGCCUCUCGAUUUGAUAACAAUAUCUACCAUGCUGGCCGGAUAGGGGAACAUAAUGUGAUCAUCGCGUCCAGCGGUGCUGGUACUGUCAACGCAGCGACCGUAGCGAAUCAAAUGCGCAUGAGUUUCCAUCAUCUGAGAUUCGGCCUCAUGGUAGGCAUCGGGGGCGGGAUACCGAGCAGUUCUAAAGAUAUUCGGCUUGGCGAUGUUGCUGUUAGUUGGCCCUCCCACCAAUACGGGGGUGUUGAUCAGUACGAUUUUGGCGACGCAGUGCAAGGGGGAAAGAUCAUCCGCAAAAGUCACCUCAACCGACCGCCACCCAUACUUAUGAGUGCUCUAAGAAGUUUAGACUCAGUUCACCCAAAAAAACGGGGGGCAAGAGUUUUAGAUACGAUUAAAAAGGUUCAGGAAAUUGAUGACAGGUUCUGCUAUCCGGGCGCGGAUGCUGACCGUCUGUUCUUGGCCGAGUACUACCAUAUCAAGGGACAAGGGUCCCAGGUCAGCGUCUGUGAAACAUGCAAUGAAUGCCCUCGUUGCACCGCUUGCGACACUCGGAAGGAGAUUAAACGCAAGAGUAGGAAAUUUGACCACCCGUACCUCCACUUCGGGACCAUAGCAUCCGGGAACCAGAUCAUGAAGGAUGCUAUCACCAGGGAUGAGAUCGGAAAGGUCAGCGGUGCUAUUUGUUUUGAAAUGGAAGCGGCUGGCCUAAUGAACGAUUUCCCCUGCGCUGUAAUUAGGGGAAUAGCGGACUACGCGGACAGUCACAAAAAUAAGGAUUGGCAACCUUAUGCGGCAUUGACAGCCGCAGCAUAUGCAAAGGAGCUCCUGAUUCAAAUACCACCAGAACAACAGAAAGCUCCAGGAAUCAAUUUCAAUGUGCCAUUAACUCCAUCCAUUCCCAAGAAUGUUGACUUCAAAGGUAGAGAAACCAUACUAUCAGCAAUGCAAAAACACCUGUCGGAGGAGAGAUCUUUUAAGACUGCGCGAUGGUUAGCGCUUGUAGGUCCUGGCGGGAUAGGGAAAACCCAAAUCGCAAUAGAGUAUAUUCAUCGAACGCAAACGAUUUAUAGUGCAAUUUUUUGGAUAUCGGCUGUGGAUGAGAAUUCAAUCCAUAACAGUUUCGUUGACAUAAUGACCCAGAUUGUUGAGAACCAGGCCGCCAUAAUGUGGCCGGAUUCUGACCCCGACUAUCGAAAGCUUGGGAGAAGGCUUGGAAUACAGGCAGUGAUCGAUGAAGAGGGGACCAUAGACGAUAGACCAAUUCAUGCCAAGAAGAUUCGCACUGCUUUUUUUAACUGGCUGAGGCUGCCUGGGAAUGACAAAUGGCUCUUAAUCUACGAUAACGCCGACGACCUUGAAAGUUUCAAGCUGAAGGAUUUCUUUCCGAAGCCAGGCGGAGGUACCAUUAUUAUUUCGAGCCGCAGGCCUGAAUUCAAACGUGCGCCAUAUAAGCAGAUCGAGGUAGGCGGCUUGGAUGAACAAGAUGCAAUUGGUUUACUAGCUAGCUACGCUAGUCUGGAAAGCCGAGAAUUACUGGGCUAUAUGCCGCUAGCGAUUACUUUAGCAGGCAGCUUUAUCGGUCAAACAAGAGUCAGUGUAAGCGAGUAUAUCGGCUACUAUCGAAGGAACUUCACGGCUGCACAGUCGGUCAAACCGAGAUUUAACUGGGACUAUCGCGAGGAUACUAUCGCAAAUACGUGGGAAAUAUCAUUCGCUGCGAUACGAGACCAAGACGAGCGCGCCGCAUUUUUGUUACUUACUCUCUCCUAUUUGAAUCCGAAAGAAGUCGCCUAUUCCUUGUGGCGCAGCGACAACUCAAACACCGAGUCUGAGUUACAAGUCAAACUUCCAAUAUCGUUGCUCGCUUCUUACUCCAUGGUGAAAAUCAUCAACUCUGAAACUUUUACGAUUCACCCAGUAAUCCAUUCGUGGGCAAGGGAGCGCCCGAGUGAAGAGGAAAGAUUUGACAUUAUAAGGGAAGCUCUGACGAUAGUGAACAAAGCUAUUAAAGGGGGAAGCGUCGCGCGCGAAGGCUCUAAAUGGGACGGUAAAGAAGAGGCGCGAGUUUUCUCCCACGUGGAACAUCUAAGACUACACCUUCAGCCUAUAAUUUCAGGUUUUCUACAACACGAGGAGAAAAAACGCGGAGGCGACUUCCUAGAUUUAGUCGACAUAAUCCACGAACUCGGCGAAUUUACUGACAGACGCGGAAAACACCAGGAAGCGCUGUAUUGGUACGACCACGCACUUGCCCUAAAAAAAAAGUUCUUAGGCGAAGACGAUCUCGGGACACUCCACACCAUUCAUAGUAUAGGGUGUGUUUUUUUCAGUAUGGGCAAGUAUGAUACCGCGCUAGAGAACUACCGACACGCACUUUUGGGUUAUCAAGCAGUGUUAGGAAAAUACAACCCGUUCACUCUGAAUGUCACGCAACAUAUAGCGGCAGUUUAUGAGAGUCAGGGUAGCUAUUCUAAGGCUCUAGAUCUAAACCAACUGGUAUUGGCAGGCUUCGAAGCGGCGUUUGGUUCAAAUAGUGUUCCUACGAUGAAAAUAGUUAACAAUAUGGCGGUCGUCUUCGACAGUCUUGGUGAAUACGAUGAAGCUAUUCAACGAUAUCGAAAAGUCUUAGUCGUCUACACAGCGAAGCUAGGCGACAACAAUCCAAACACCCUUGGCGUAUGGCACAACAUAGGGGUUACUCUGCAUAAAAUGGGGCAGCCUGAAGAAGCACUGGAACAUCUUAAUCACGCUCUAGGUGGCUACGAAGCAUUUUUUGGGGACGAUAGUCAAUACACUCUAGACACGGUCAAUUGCAUAGCUUCUGUUUUUCAAAGACAGGGGUCUUAUAACGAAUCUCUGAGAUACUACCAUCGAGCAUUGGAAGGCUAUACUAGAAUUUUGAAUGACGCUCACCCUUCCAUAUACAAGACACUCGGCAAUAUGGCUGCAACUUACGAUGAAUUGGAGGAUUACGAAACAGCCAUGGAGCUCUAUCAAAAAGCUGUAACUGGAUGGAAAGAACACUUGGGAGAUUAUGAUCCAUCGAUACUCGACAUAAUUCAUGCAAUGGCAGGAACACUAUAUAAGCAAGGCGAUUAUAUUCGCGCUCUAGAACUUUUUGAAGAGGCGUACUUUGGUAGAAACAAGACACUGGGAACUUUUCAUUCGUCAACCAUUGAUUCUGCGCACGGGGUAAAAUUAGUCACCUCGCGCUUAAAUAACAAGUAUGGAGUGUAUUUUGAAUCAUACAUGGAGAGCGAUGGGUCUGGUAUUUAG